AUGAAUACUCUUUAACCAUUUUUAAUUGGCGGUUUUUCAGGUAUGUUUGCUACAACUAUUAUUCAACCAAUUGAUACCAUAAAAGUUCGUAUUUAAAUUUUAUCGGAAGAAAAGUCUGCAGGAAAUUCAAAAUUAUCCACUAAUCCUAUUGCAAUAGCCAAAAACGUGAUAAAAUCUGACGGUAUUUCAGGUUUAUAUAAAGGAAUUGAUUCUGCUUUAAUGAGAUAAGUAUUAUACACAACAGUAAGAUUAGGACUUUUUAAGACAUUAACUGAUAAUAUUAAAGCCAAAAAAGGCGGAAAAAAUUUAACUUUCGGAGAAAAAGUAUACUGCUCUCUUACUGCAGGUUUUGUAGGUUCUUUAUGUGGUAAUCCCGCAGAUUUAGCAUUAGUGAGAUUUUAAGGAGAUACUUUAUUACCUAUUGACUAAAGAAGAAAUUAUAAAAAUAUUUUUGAUGCAUUAAGAAGAAUAGUUUCUGAAGAAGGAGUAUUGGCUUUAUGGAAGGGAUGUUCGCCUACUGUUGUUAGAGCAAUGCUAUUAAAUUUAGGUAUGCUUUCAACUUUUGAUGAAGCAAAAGAAAGAUUAAAUGAAUAUACUAAAACAACUGAUACUUUAUAAACAUAAGUUAUUGCUUCUGCUCUUUCUGGUAUUGUUGCUUCUGUAAUGUCUUUACCUAUUGAUAAUAUCAAAACUAAAUUAUAAAGACAAAAACCUGAUGCUUAAGGAAAUGUUUUAUAUAAAGGCUUUACUGAUUGCUUUACUAUUAGUGUUAGAAGAGAAGGAUUUUUAGGUUUGUGGGUUGGUUUACCAACUUUUAUAACAAGAAUUGCACCACAUGUUGUUAUUACAUUACUUGUUUAAGAUUCGUUAACUAAAUAUUUUAAUAAAAGAAAAUAACUUUGAAAUAAUACAAAAAAAUAUAUAUCCAAAAAAAGUUUUCAGAAAAUGUGCAUGAAUUUAACUCAAUAUUACAUUCAUUUUUCUUAUUUUAUAUUUAUUUAGUAAAUAUUAAAUUAAUAAGUUUUAUU